GUACAACAUCCCGGAAGUAAUAGUUGCCCCUCGUGUUAUUUUUUUUCAGGUAGUAUGGUGAAAAGAUUUUGCUGUUGAUUGUGUUGGCUGUGUCGUAAAUUGCAUUGUUAUGGGUUGGAAGAGUAAGACUAAAGGACAAAAGAAAGCUCGCUCCAGAGCCAUCCACCUUGCCAAGGAGGAAUUCAGUAGUGUCCCUCAUUCUUUUGUGUUCCAUCGUGGCCCUAUUGGCAAGAAUGUGCACCAACUUAUUCUUGAUGUGAGGCGUGUAAUGGAGCCAUAUACUGCUGUUUCUCUCAAGGUUUGCAAGAAAAAUACUCUGAAGGAUUUUGUCUCUGUUGCUGGACCUCUUGGUAUUACGCAUUUUAUGAUGUUCACCAAAACAUCAACUGGUGUAAAUUUUAAACUUGCUCGUUUACCACGAGGUCCAACACUGAGCUUCAAAGUGUUACAGUACUGUUUAAUUAAAGAUGUGGUAUCCUCUCUCAAGAAGCACCGAAUGCAUCAACAGCAGUUUACACAUCACCCCUUGCUUAUCUUGAAUAACUUUGGAAUGGAGGGAAUGCACAUUAAAGUUAUGUCAACCAUGUUUCAGAACUUGUUUCCAUAUAUUAAUGUAAACAAGACAAAUCUUAACACCAUCAAGCGGUGUCUCCUGAUUAACCAUAAUCCGGAUUUGCAGCAGAUCGACUUCAGGCACUAUAGCAUCAAGGUCGUUCCUGUAGGAAUGAGCAAAGGAGUGAAGAAGUUGCUGCAGGAAAAGUUUCCAAAUAUGAGCAGAUUUGAGGACAUUAGUGAACUGCUGAACAGUCUUGUAACUCGGAAACGUGUAGUGUGGGGUGGUCUGUUUGUGUUACUUGAUACCUUACAGAUUGGUCCACGAAUGACACUGCAGUUGGUGAAGAUUGAGGAAGGAUUAAGUGAAGGCAACAUUCUUUACCACAGCUUUGUUCAGAAGACUGAAGAGGAACUGAAGAUGAUUCUGAAGAGGAAGGAGAAGAAGCUGAAACUGAAAAUGGAGAGGCGAAAAAAGCAGGAGUCUGAUAUUCAGCGUAAAAAGGAAGAACGGGAAGCUCACAGGAAGAAAACCUUGGAAGGCAUGAAGCGCACUGCAGAACAGGAUGAAGAGGACAGUGGUGCAGAAGAUCCUGGUUUGAGUGAUCAUGCACAUCCUGAUGAGACUGAAGAGGCAGAAGUGGAGUAUUAUAGACAGGAGGUUGGCAAGGAACCAGAUGAAGGUAUGUUCCUGGGAGCUGGGAAAAGAAAAAGAUCUGAAAAGCCCCACAUUCCAAAAAAGUUCAAAAAACCUAAAGUGGCAGGUGGAAAGAGAGUAUACCCAAGUUCAGCAGGCCAGUCUCCAAUCCACAAGGGCAAGAACACAAAACUUCUUAAGAAGCAAUGCGCUGCAAGCCAGAAGUUCAGAAAAACAACAGACCCACAUUUUAAAAGGGCUGUAAGUUCAAGGUUCAAACAAACAGCUAACAUAAAACUUAAAGGUUCUGCAAAGCUAAAAUUCAGAAGGUCUGCCAACCCCAAAAAGUCCAGCAACCAGAAAUUUGCAGCUCAUACUACCUCAGAAUUAAAGAGGUAUGCAAAUCGAAAAUUUAAAAGACCUGCAAAUCAAAAACUUAAAGGACAUAAGAAAGGAAAAAGGACAAUAAACAGCAGCAGUGGACUAAAACAAGACCAACAAAAAACACGAGCAAGUCAGCAGUGAUAAACUUAGGAUUUUGAAUAAAGUUAUGCAUUUCUGCAUUA